UCUGAUUCAUCAGUUACAAAUGGAUGGACAGCUCUACUUACAAAAACUUCAUAAGACUGUACCAGACUUUCUUCUGCUUUAGAAAUUUUCUUGCUUACUGUAACAAUUGCUUGCCCAUUGCUGAUACAAAUUCGGAGGGUUGACCAGAGCUCAAAAGUUCUCUGCCUUCUCCUACUAAUUUUCAUGGCAAAUUUUCAUGGGAGCCAAACAACCACCCAAACCCCACCAUCCGCCGACGUCCCAUUCUCCGGCCUACGAGGUGCUUCUCCGAGCUGGUCCACGUCUCAAGCCCCUCCAACAGGUCCACGCCCACCUCAUCGUCUCGGGCUCCGGUCGUAGCCGAGCUCUCCUCACGAAGCUCCUCACCCUGGCGUGUGCCGCCGGCUCCAUCGGCUACACUCACCGGCUUUUCCUCUCUGUCUCUAACCCCGACUCAUUCCUCUUCAAUUCUCUCAUUACAGUAACCUCUAAGUUCAAUUUCCCUUUGGACUCCAUUCUAUAUUAUCGUCGUAUGGUAUCAGCAAAUAUUUCACCGUGUAAUUAUAAUUUCACGGCUGUGAUUAAAUCAUGCGCUGAUUUAUCGGCUUUUGGAAUUGGCAGAGGAAUUCAUAACCAUGUCAUAGUGUACGGUUUCGGAUCAGAUUCAUAUGUUCAAGCAGCUCUUGUUACUUUCUAUACGAGGUCUUAUGAUUUGGGCGUAGCGCGUAAGGUGUUUGAUAUAAUGCCUGAGAAAACUCUGGUAGCAUGGAAUUCGAUGAUUUCGGGUUAUGAACAAAACGGGUUUGCUAAUGAAGCAAUUGGAUUGUUUUAUCUGAUGAAAAACUCGCAUGUUGAACCGGAUUCGACAACUUUUGUGAGUGUGUUAGCAGCUUGUGCACAGGUGGGGGCUAGUGGUUUAGGCUGUUGGGUGCAUGAGUAUGUGCUUGUCAAGGGUUUUGAAGUCAAUGUGGUGCUUGGUACUGCUUUGAUUAACAUGUAUGCUAGAUGUGGUAAUGUGAUCAAAGCACGAGAAGUUUUUGAUUCAAUGAAAGAGAAGAAUGUUUUUGCUUGGACAGCUAUGAUUUCCGGGUAUGGGGUACACGGUUACGGCAGACAGGUGGUGGACCUGUUUCAUGAAAUGAGAACUCAUGGUCCAAAACCUAACAAAAUAACUUUUGUUGCUGUAUUAUCAGCAUGUGCUCAUGCCGGGCUUGUUGACGAAGGGCGCCUUGUACUUACAAGCAUGGAGGGUGAAUAUGGAUUGGUUCCGGGAGUGGAACAUCAUGUUUGCGUGGUGGAUAUGCUUGGGCGUGCUGGCCUGCUCAAUGAAGCAUAUCGGUUCAUCAAAGAAAAUACACUGAAACAACCUGCUCCAGCAGUUUGGACAGCUAUGCUUGGCGCGUGCAAGAUGCAUAAGAAUUUUGAUCUUGGAGUGGAAGUUGCUGAGCACCUCCUGUCCAUUGAUCCAGAAAAUCCUGGCCAUUAUGUAAUGCUUUCAAAUAUUUAUGCUCUAGCUGGUAGAAUGGAUAGAGUGGAAAUGGUUAGAAAUAAAAUGAUAGGAAAAUACUUGAGAAAACAAGUUGGGUAUAGCACAAUUGAGGUGGAUCACAAGACUUACAUGUUUAGUAUGGGUGACAAAUCUCAUCCUGAGACAACUGAGAUUUUUCAGUAUUUAGAUGACUUGAUGUGUAAGUGUAGGGAAACUGGGUAUUUUCCCAGUCAUGAGUUUGUUAUGCAUGAAGUUGAAGAGGAGGAGAGGGAAUAUGCGCUCAGAUACCAUAGUGAGAAGCUUGCAAUAGCAUUUGGACUAUUGAAGACCGGUCAUGGUGAGGUGAUCAGGAUUGUGAAGAACCUCAGAAUGUGUGAGGAUUGUCAUUCUGCAAUCAAGUAUAUUUCAGUUGUUUCCGAUAGAGAAAUCAUAGUUCGGGACAAACUUCGUUUCCACCACUUUAAAGAUGGUUCAUGCUCUUGUAUGGACUAUUGGUGAUGCUCACGAUUAUCCACUUUUGCUUGUUUGUGCAACAAUACUGAUUAUUGAGAAGAAAAGGUGCUUAAGUUCUUUUCAUUGAUCUUUAAUUUAUAGAUGAACUUAACUGAUUCAGAUGAUAAUUUGAGAUUGAAUUCUUUGUUGUUGUAAAUAAUGUGUUUAACAUCUUCUACAAAUUUGAGAUUGAACUCCUACCCCAACCAACAG